AUCAACCUCCUGUGCGCCAACAGACACAGCGUAUUGCAUUUCCAUACUCAUUAUGAAGACAGAGGACUGAUUGUGGGCAGUUAAUAAUUACCAACAUGAAGUGAUCCAGAUGAAAUGCAAUUUCCAAGUUAGUUAGCUUGAGCCGCCCUCCAAGAUUGUAACAUUUUAAACUGAGUGGCAAAGGAAACCUGAGCUCAGGUCACACAUUCCUGGUAUUUACAAUGAAGAUAAGCCUCCCUAUUUAAAAGGCUGAAAGCUGCCCUCCAUAGCACACACACAUCCACCCCCUCAGCUGGGCACAAUGCUGAACUGCAUAAACUCAAGCGACUGCGUGGGCAACACCACCGACGGGGAGGAAGAAACCUUUCCAGGCUUCAACGACCCUCUGAACUUCGCUUUCACCUGCGUGCUUAGCAUCAUGCUGGCUCUGGUGGUCUUCUCGUUGGGUUGUACCGUCGAAGUCCAAAAGCUCUGGUUCCACAUCCGCAGGCCAUGGGGCAUCGGCUUGGGUAUCGUAUGCCAGUUUGGGCUGAUGCCUUUCAUUGGAUACAUCCUGUCCAUCGCUUUCGCUUUGAAUCCCGUCCACGCUGUUGCUGUCCUCAUCAUGGGAUGCUGUCCUGGUGGAAUCAUUUCAAACGUUAUUACCUACUGGAUUGAUGGGGACAUGGACCUCAGCAUUGCCAUGACAACCUGCUCAACCAUCCUAGCUAUGGGGAUGAUGCCUUUGUGUCUCUAUAUCUACUCUUCCUCAUGGGUGCAGUCGGGCAACAUUAAAAUCCCUUAUACCAACAUAGGUAUCACACUGGUGUCGCUGAUUGUACCUGUCAGUGCUGGAAUUUUUGUAAAUUACAGAUGGCCAAAGCAUGCCAAGAAAAUUCUAAAGGUGGGAUCCAUAUUGGGCUGGUUAAUCAUUGUCAUUGUGACAGUGAUUAGUGUGGUGUUGUUCAAAGGCUCAUGGGCAGUCGAUACCUCAGUUUUAAUCAUUGGAGUCAUAUACCCGAUCGUUGGCUACGUGUCUGGGUUUGCAUUGGCAUUUCUUUUAAGGCAACCCUGGAAAAGAUGCAGAACAAUUUGCCUAGAAACGGGUGCUCAGAAUAUUCAGGUGUGUGCUACUGUGCUUCAGACGUCCUUUACUCCCAAACAACUGGUCCUCAUGUUCUCCUUCCCGCUCAUCUACUGUGGCUUCCAGUUCCUGCAUGGAGUCAUCUUUGUUAUAGCUUACCAGUUAUACAAAAGAAAAUUCACAAAAGUCCUGCUAGAAACAUCAGUGCAAGAAGAACCCAACAAGGUGUCUGAAGGCAACGGCAUCACCUGUAAGAACAUGAAACCAAUGACAGAAAUAUUUACACACGAUGAACGAAAGAGCAGCAAGAUGUGAAGAAAGAAAAUAGGCAACAGCAUUGAAUAUAAAGAGUGAAAGGCUAAAAUAAGGCCGGUGGAA